UGUGUCAGGGCCUGGCUAACACGGCUCCGCUGUCUUGGCUCGGUCCGGCUGUGUGUUGGAUAUCUUCGUGAAGUAUGUCCCCAGUGUGAGGCCCUCAGAUACCCUCUUUCACUGCAGCGGCCUCCAGCAUAAGGAUGAGGCUCACCGCGGGUCUCCUAUGCUGCCUGCUGCUGUUUACCUGCCGCCCACAAAAGAGCUUUAGCUCCAGGAACCAUGGUUGUUUGUUUGACCUCAGGCUGUGUUCUAAAGAGGAAGUCUGUGUGCAGGAUGGCUUGUUUGGUCAAUGCCGAGAGCGGACAGAGCGGGAUGUGGGUCAGAUUCAGGUGACUCCUGGUACACUGCAACAUCUGCAGGACGUAUUGCGCCAGCUUACAGCAAAAGGUAUGUCAUGGAGGGACGAUAUGACACAGCGAAUAAUGGCUCAUAAGAUGGGUCAUCUCCCUCAACACAGACCCAUAGAGCCUCUUGACGUUCUGGAUGACGAGAGGUACCCCCCUGUUUUUCGCACCCCUGGAAGAACAGUGCAGCGUCUGUCUGGAGCUGUCCAGCCCUCCACACCGAGAUGGGUUGGGUCUAAUGACCAGCUGCAAUAUUUCAGACCCCGGCUUUCAUCAUCAGCGUCAUCAGAAGUCCCCACUGUUCAGCAACAGAGGCUUUCUGGAUCAAUUAAAAAGAAUACUUCCCCUUUGGUAGACCGCUAUCUUACUUACAUACUGUUAAACUCACAAACCCCCAGUUCACAACGGAGCAACACCCAAGAAAAUCUGCCUCCGCUGCAUUCAUACACCAAGUUUACAUACCAGGACAAAAGUCAUGUUAGGAAUCCUUUGCGUCUAUUUGGUGCCUCCAAUUCGUGGCCAGAGGGUUCCAGCAGGAUCAGUUUUGGCAGAUAUCAAGGUGGGCAAGAAAUGCCCCUACCCAUACACCUGCCUAGUGAAAGGCACCAAGCUUGGGCUGACCUGAGGAGGAAACUUCCCCGUGAAAGUGUGGAUUCCGACCUUCCAGAGGAUGUUCUAGACAGCUCAGAGAUGAUUGAGCGAUUGAGUCAGCUAUCAGAUGGGGAUCAGGAUCCACAACCAGACAGCAGAUCUGAGCCACCCAGGACAUUGAGAGGUGCUGCUGGAAUCCAGAUGAAACCUGUGCCUCAGACUGAACUAGAGACUCAAGAUAUUGAUGAUGUACAGAGCUUAGUUGGGGCUCUGGAGAGAUAUGGAUUGGACUUAAGACAACUGAGUGAACCACAACUAGAGCAACUAUCUGCUGUGCUCCAGCUAAUUCAGUCAGAUGCGGUGCUCAAUCAGGGCACAAGAAACCCAGACAGGAGCCCAUCAAAACGAAUCACAGAAGGGGAGAUGCAGCACAUGGCUGUAGCAGAGCCACAGUUCCCUCCUCCUGAGAUGUCACCUUCCUCUUUUCCCACUGCAACAAAUGCAGAGCUGGACAAGACAGGAUCAGUAAGGUCCACCUCUGCCACCAUCAACAUGCUGACUAAACCUGAUACACAGACAAGGGGAGAGGAGCCUGACAAUUUGAGAGGACCCAUCAAUGAGGGCCAGGAACAGAGACUUCUAGAUAAGAAGAGUUAUCCAGAAGGGGGACUGAUGAUUGAUGUUCCACAAGUAACAGAGGAAUAUGGAUACAUUAUGACAAACCAAACGCCACUGAGCCUGCUAAAUGGGGCUCGGCUGCUGGAAACUCUGGCCGAGCGUGUCCAUCUGUCCACUGCCAGCUUCAUCAACAACAGUGUGGUUGGAUCGUCUCUCACAUUUCAGAUCAAACACAACCAUCAAAACUUAUCACUGAUGGAUGUAGCAAACCGAGCAGGGGCUCUGAAGUCGGACCUUGAGACAUCAACAGGUGUGAAGAUUAUUCAGACCGGUGUUGCACAGAGGAACAAAAAUGCAACAGUUGCUCAUACCACACACUUUGGAGAUACCUUCCGCUUUGUUCUGCUAAUCUUCAUAGCCUUGGCGUGUAUCGCAGGGAUUGUCAUUGCCUCUGCUGUCAUCUUCUGCCUCCGCCAACAUGCCAAGCAGAGGGAGAAAGAGCGUCUUGCAGCACUUGGUCCCGAAGGGGCUGGUGACACCACAUUUGAGUACCAGGAUCUUUGCAGACAGCACAUGGCAGGGAAGUCAUUAUUUAGCCGCACUGAUGCCCCUGGUGCAGCUGAGAACUCCCGGGUUAGCAGCGUUUCUUCACAAUUUAGUGAUAUCCCCCAACCCAGCCCAAGCUCUCACAGCAGUACCCCAUCAUGGUGCGAGGAGCCAGUCCAGUCUAAUAUGGAUAUUUCAACUGGCCACAUGAUCCUGGCUUAUAUGGAAGAUCACCUGAGAAACAGGGACCGUUUAGCCAAGGAAUGGCAAGCUCUGUGUGCAUACCAGGCUGAGCCUAACGCUUGCGCCAUAGCAAAAAGUGAUGCCAACCUGAAAAAGAAUCGGAAUCCUGAUUAUGUUCCAUAUGAUCACGCUCGCAUUAAACUGAGGAGUGACACCAACCCAUCACGGAGUGAUUAUAUUAAUGCAAGUCCUAUUAUUGAACAUGAUCCUCGAAUGCCGGCCUAUAUUGCCACUCACGGCCCUCUGUCGCAUACAAUCGCUGACUUCUGGCAGAUGGUGUGGGAGAACGGCUGCACGGUUAUUGUGAUGCUUUCUCCUUUAGCGGAAGAUGGUGUCAAGCAGUGUGAUCGUUACUGGCCAGAUGAAGGGUCUUCCCUUUACCAUAUCUAUGAGGUAAAUUUGGUCUCUGAGCACAUCUGGUGUGAAGAUUUCUUGGUUCGCAGUUUUUACCUUAAGAAUGUCCAGACCCAAGAAACAAGAACACUCACUCAAUUCCAUUUUCUGAGUUGGCCAGCUGAAGGCAUACCCAGUAGCACCCGCCCACUGCUUGACUUCCGCAGAAAAGUGAACAAGUCUUUCAGAGGUCGCUCAUGUCCCAUUAUUGUGCACUGCAGUGAUGGAGCUGGAAGGACAGGAACCUACAUUUUGGUAGACAUGGUGUUGAAUCGCAUGGCUAAAGGGGUAAAGGAGAUUGAUAUUGCAGCAUCACUGGAGCAUGUCCGGGAUCAGCGAGCUGGUAUGGUUCGGACUAAGGAUCAGUUUGAAUUUGCCCUUACUGCAGUGGCCGAGGAAGUGAAUGCUAUUCUUAAAGCGUUGCCUCAGUAACAAGCGGACCGACCCCUUUGGUGUUGUGACAUUGCUCCUGCCUUACAGGGAUGGCAGCUUCACCCACCCAUAAAUACUCAUUAUUUGUAUUCUCUGCUCCUCAUGCCCAGGACCCAGGGCUGCCUUUCCUUGUCCUGUAUACAUUUUCGCUUUGCCUUGCUUCUGUCCCUCUGAAUUUCAUGAUUUUAAUCAUAACUUUUGCUACCUCAUUGUCCAUGUCCAACACCCGUUUCUAGAGUAUAGCAAUGUAUAUUCAUGCAAUGCAUUUCAUUGCCUCUAGCAGCAGGUGUAACCCGUCUCUUACAUUUUGUCUGGGGAGAAAGACACAGCUAUGGUGACCCAUUUAUCUUGAGGAAGGUGGUACAAUAGCCUAGUGUUCUGUAUAGAUAACGUGUCAUCUCAUUUUUACAUGUGACUUAAUCCCUCUUGCUGCUGAAAAUGAUUUUAAAACUGUGGAUUAGGUCAUGUUAACCUGAAUAACCGUAAAGUCAGAUCUUCCAGGCACUUAAUGCAUAGGUAACAUAAUUAUAUGGGUCAUCAAGCCUGUUCUCAAUAGCCAAUAUAGCUAUGUUCAGAACAUUAGUGAGAAAACAUAAUAGAAAUAUGUAACUCUUUCAGUGAAAGAUACAAAUCUUCUGCACACACCUAUAGAAAAAGCCUUGGCUACCCUGGAGGGUCACUCCAGUUUGCUCAGCCCUCUAUGGUAGAGAAACUACAAAGAGAAGCAUGGAUUAAAAAAACAACAAAAAAAAAACAAUCUUUGCUAUAAAACGUUAAUUUUCUACAAUCCAUGUCUUUUUCUAGGCAAGAAAGGUGUGAAAGGGACAUAAUGAUGCCAACAUAAAAUGCUCUAAUUUCCAUAACUGAUUCUAGAUAACUACGUGUUUAAAGCCUGCAAUGGGGUUAAACACAUAGGUAAAGUUUCACUCAAGACCCACAAGCAUUACAGCUCCCGAGCAGAACACAGCUGGUGAUUGGCAGGUUAUCAGACUACUGAUCCUGGUACACUGGCUAUAUUCUGAAUGAGAGCCAAAAAAGUGUUUGUUUUUUUCCUAUUUGUUUAACCACUUUGUGGAUGCUAAACACAGAGUUAUUUAGGGUCAUAUUGACCCUUUAAGAUUCUUUCCUUUCCCUAGGGAUCAUCUAAUUGAAGUAUCAUAGGGUAGCCUGUGCCAGAUUGUGGAAGAUUUUGGAGCAUAAAGACUUAUUCCUGACUAUCCAAGUACAUAUUGUAAACACUAAUAUAACGCACUGCUAUAGCUUACCAUUUCCUUCCUACAUGAUACUGUAAACGCAGUCUCAUAACCUUGCUGCUCUAUUGCACUUUGCCUUUCAUCCUUACCUUCAGCCUGCAUGCCCUCUCCUUUUCUAAGGGUGCUGCAUUUUUCCUUGGGAGGAUCAUACGGGGGUAGCAAGUCUGAACCAUGAUAGCUCCUUUACUCCCUCAGUUCUCUCUUCAUACUGCAACAUAUGUACCUUUGUCAUUGCCAAAAAAAAAGAAAAUCAUUUCUAUAGAAAUAUUAUAGACUUUAAUUUUGUAUUUUGAUGUCAAUAAAGUAUUUGUGUUGGGUUUGUGCAACUGCAAAACAA